CAGCACUUCAGGCAGCCUGGAUUCCGAGCAAGCCUAUUCGGACUUGAAGCGAACGCAGCGGCCAGCGUAGGUCACCGACAGCGGGCGGGGGCGGGACCGGCCCCACGCGCAGAGAGGCGAGGAGGCGGAGGAGCGGCGGCUUAGGAAGAGUGACCCCGGCGACCCCGAACGCCCCGCCUCCUUCGCUCGCUGCUGCACCUGCCCGCGGAGCGCGCCGAGCCGCGGGCGGAGGGGGAGGCGAUGGCUAGCCCCGCGCCCUUAGUGGCCUCCAUCAGCCACCAAAUGGUGGCUCUGCACACCCUGCAGCUUCUGCAGCAGGAGUGGGGCUGGGGGGAUGGUCCGGGCGCCCCCGGGAGCCCACGCGACCUGGACCACGUGUCCGCCGCCCCAGAGCGUCGCUCAGACCCACGGCUGGCCCGUGCCAGGCAGGGGCGCGGGGAGGAAGGCGGGGGCAAGGGGGCCAGGAAUGUGGGGUCCGGGGCGCGGGCGAGCUCCCCCGAGGUGGAAGUGGUGCGAGGCGCCGAGGGGGGCGCGGAACUGCUGCCCUUACCCCGGGGUCGCGGGCCCUGCACCCUGGCCCAGAUGGCGAUGCGCAGCGCGCUGGCCCGCGUGGUGGACUCGACCUCGGAGCUGGUCAGCGUGGAGCAGACGCUGCUGGGCCCCCUCCAGCAGGAGCGGUCCAUCCCCAUCCACCUGAAGGACAGUGUUGAGUUUAGAAACAUCUGCAGUCAUUUGGCUCUACAGAUUGAAGGACAGCAGUUUGACAGAGAUUUGAAUGCUGCCCACCAGUGUUUGAAGAUGAUAGUCAAGAAGCUGAUUCAGUCUCUUGCUAAUCUUCCUUCGGAUGCCCACAUGGUAGCCUGUGCUUCCUUGAGACAGAUCUUACAGAAUCUCCCAGACAUAUGAGUGUUCAAGACACUGGAAUUGAAACCACAGCGAGCACUGCUAAGAGAACUGGCUACCUUAAAUUCCUAAGCGGAUGGGCAGACAAUGGAUGUUUUUAUUCCCAGGAAGGAGAGACUUGGUAGCAUAUACAGCAGUCUGACCAGUGGCAUCCGUAACCCUUGGGAAUUAUAGCAUGUUGGUAAAAAAUUUUUAAAGCAGUAGUUCACAUUUUUAAGUGUGUUGAAAUAUUUGCUGACUUUUUGAUUGAAAUAUAUUCCACUUUGUGGAACUGACUGGAUUAUAUAU